UUUCGUCGGCUUAUCAGUACCGAAUACUGUCUUACAAAAGAUCAUUUCAUUUCAUUUAAUCUUGAAAUGUUUUAAUAUAACUUUAUACAAAGACGAACUAAUUUUUUUCAGGGAUCAAAUAUUAAUACAUUUCACAAUGAGACUCAUCAUGGAAGCGGAUGGUCCGUCCUCUGGAGUGGAUCAUGAUCAGAGUGGUGCCAACAGUCCCCAGGAGGGAGAAACCCUCGAUGGAGGCGCCACAGCUGAUGUGCCGGCAGUGCCUGGCGGACAACCCAGAGGCGUCGCUGGCCAUGUAUACGAAGACCGGAAUCGACAAAUCCAGCAACAUCUGAUGUUGCUCCUCCAUGCCCACAAGUGCAACCGCCAAGAGGAAUGCCGUGUCAUCUAUUGCAGGGUGAUGAAAACAGUGCUGGUCCACAUGACCACUUGUCCUCUGGCCAGGGACUGCCCUGUGACCCAUUGUAAUUCUUCCCGGGCGAUCCUGUUGCAUUACAAGACCUGCACAAACCGUGGCUGUAUUAUUUGCUCCAUUUUUCGACGGCAAACACGAAGAAAUGAAAAUCUGAUGUGAUGGUCCCAUCGGAAAGGUAUCGCAAAAACUAUUCAAAAUAGAACCAAUCAAAGUCAUUUGUAAAUUACCUAAGAAAUAAACCAGAGAAUACAAUUAAAA